CCCCCUCCUCUGUUUCGCGCGCCGUCGCUCGGGGCCGCCUCCCUCCCUUCCGCGGACCCGCCCGCCGGCGCGCCUUCCGCGGGCGCGUUCCGGGGAGGGGACUGGCCCGGGAGUAGGGUUCCGCCCCUCGGCACCUGGUCUCGACACCUCUGAUUUUGGGGUUUUUUGCCCCCCGGACCGGCGCGUGUGCGCGCGGCGGCGCACGGCGCUCGAUUGCGAUUCCGAUCUCUCCGUCGGCGUCGCGCGGUUGGUGCGGGCUUUUUUGGGAUUGGUUCCAGAGCGGCGGAAUGGGGAACAGCCGGCCGGGAGGGGCGCCGCCGACAAGCAGCGGGAGCGUGGCGGGGAGCAACCCGGAGGCUGUACCGGAAGCUCCCCGGUUGCGGCCGCACGGAGGGCCAGGCGCGUCGGGUCUGGGGAGCCCAGGUCGGAGCACACCCCUUCCUGGUGGUCGGGAGAGGGGUUCCACGGCGGCAAAUGUGAUGACACCGUCUUGUGACAGGCAGCAGAACAGAGCGGUGGAGGAAGCGCCGCUCGGAGGGUCGAGCGCGGUUAAGAAGAGCAGUGUGCCCAAUUCUCUGUCAAGAGGUUCAGACGGAAGCUCUGGCUCUAGGAUGGGUGCAGAGGAGCAAGUGAUGAGUGAGCAUGCGAGCAACGGGGAUGCUGGCUCUUCGUCGAAGAAGCGGCGAAAAAGAAUGGAUGCAAGAAGCUACAUCAAGAAAUUCAAGACGGGCAUAAGACCGGGUGCCUCAGCUGCAGUUGUUGCUUCCCCUGACAGGAUGGGCAAGGAGAAUACUUCAAGUGGGCAUGUGGCAGACAACAACAACAAUGCUGCUAUUCUGUGUGAAGGUAGCAGGUUGAUUGAAAAAAGCAAGGGACAUUCAAGCCAUGCUGCCUUUAAAGUUUCUAAAAGUCCUAUUUCUGGUUUACAUGAAACUUCAGACACAAGAGUUGACCAAUGUUCUACACCGCUUUUAGAGGUACAGCCACAUAAACCUACCGACGUGCAAAAUAUAGCGGCUGAAAGCAGUCUUCCAGCAAAGGCUAGAGAUCCACACACUGGCCCUGCAAGGCAAAACAUUCUAUCAUCAUUGCAAAGUGUGCCAAUAUCUACUAUUCAUCAAGAAGAGGUACUGCCACAUAAACGUACCGUUGUGCAAGAUAUAGCGGCUGAAAGCAGUCUUCCAGCAAAGGAUAGAGAUCGACACACUGGCCCUGCAAGGCAAAACAUUGUACCAUCAUUGCAAAGUGUGCCAAUAUCUAGUAUUCAUCACAAAGAGAUUAAGAGCACACUUGGAGAUGCUGAACCUAUUAGCGUUCAGAAAGAAAAUUCAGCUCCAGGACAUCUCCAGGUGGCCCGAUCUGAUGGAACAGAUGGUAACCCCAACAUAUGUGUUGCCUGUGGUCUUGGAUCCCCAGGAACUUUUAGGUCCUGUGAUGGAAAAGGUUGCAAAAGUAGGUACCAUAUGUCUUGUCUGGAUCAAUAUUUGUCUCUUGGAAAUUGGUUCUGUACCAGCUGUACGAAAAAGAGGUUGCAGUCUGGCUUACAUCAUAUUGUUGAUGGGAUAGAGUCUGUGUGGGAUGUCAAGGAGGCUGAGGGAAUGCAAACUAGCAAGCAGUAUUUUGUCAAGUAUAAGAAUCUGGCGCAUGUCCAUAACUGUUGGGUUCCAGAAGGUGAUAUUAGUGUCAUGCCUGGAGGUCCUGAUCUUCUUUCCUUGUUUAACAAGAGGAAUCAUACUGAAAAGACAAUUCGGAAGGAGUGGACUAAACCACAUCGCCUGUUGAGGAAGAGGCUACUUGUGCCCCCAAGAUUGGCUGAGGAUUUCUUCUGCUCGGAUGAUUUCCUUUGCUCAUCUGGUGUCUCAUAUUGUACUCUUGAAUGGUUAGUGAAAUGGAGGGGUCUUGGCUAUGAUCAUGCAACAUGGGAACUAGAGACUUUAUCCUGUUUAUGUACGCCGGAAGCUGACGAACUUAAAGAGAACUACGAGAACCGCCGUGAAGCUGCAAAACAAUCAUCUAUUCCCCAAAAAACAAAGGUUAAGCAAAGCUCAUUCCAGAAACUUGAGAGAUUGCCAGAUGGGUGCCAUCCUGAUUUUGACAAUGAUCACUUGUAUUCAAUCAAUCACCUUCGAGAGUACUGGCACAAAUCCCGUGGUGCUGUUCUUGUUGAUGAUAAGGAGUAUGUAAUAAAGACUGUGCUAUUCACAAUGUCUGUAUUACCUGACGUCAGCCAACCUUUUCUGAUUCUCACAACUCCUGGUUCUCUGUCCUUAUGGGAGGUUCAGUUCAAUAAGUUGGCACCGUUUAUCAAUGUCGUUGUGUAUGACGGGGGGAAAGAUGAGCUCAAAUUAAUUCGAGAUUUGGAAUUCUAUGAGAGUGGAAGCCACUGUAUGUUACAGGUUCUCUUAUCCCAUCCUGAUGCUAUCCUAGAGGAUAUUGAACCUAUAGCACACAUUGGUUGGGAAGCAGUCAUAGUUGAUUAUUAUCAAAAGUCAGCUUUACAAUACCUCGAACAACUGAAGCAAUUUCCCACUGAUUUCAGAAUGUUGCUUGUGAGCUCCCCAAUUAAGGAUAAUCUUCCUGAAUACGUGAAACUUCAAGCAUUCCUUAAUUCUGGAGAGCAAGAAAAUGGCAGUUACGUUGAUACUGCUGAGACCCUUAUGAUGCUGAAAGGAAACUUCAAAAGUCAUAUUGCAUAUGAGCGUCAAGCAGAUUCUUCAAAAAUAUUGGAGCAUUGGGUUCCUGCUUAUGUUUCACAACUGCAGCUACAGACAUAUUGUUCCAUACUGCUUUCAAACUCAUCUGUCCUCCAGUCGCAGAUGAAAAGUGAUAAAGCUCUUUAUGACAUUAUUAUGUCUCUCUCAAAGUGCUGUGAUGACCCUUACCUUGUUGAUGAAUCCCUGCGACCUCCUGUCAACAAUCAUGAUCAGACUGAUCCUACAGUUACGAGAGUGCAAGCAUGUGGCAAGCUACUGCUUCUUCAAAAAAUGCUUGAAGCAAUAAGGAACAAGAGGCUAAGAGUCAUUAUUCUUUUUCAAUCUGGUGCACCAGCUGGAAGCUCAAUGGGUGAUACUUUGGAAACUGUUGUGCGCCACAAAUUUGGCCCGGAGUCAUAUGAACGUGUUGGAUUUUGUGGAUCAUUCUCGAAGAAAGCGGUGGCACUUAAUAAGUUCAAUGACAAGACCAAGGGGAGAUUUGUUUUUCUGAUUGAAACAAAUGCAUGCCUCCCAAGUAUUGAGCUGUCAUCUGUCGAUGCCAUUAUCAUAUAUAAUAGUGACUGGAACCCACUUACUGAUCAAAAGGCUCUUCAAAGAAUCAAAAUAGAGUCACAUCUUAGCUAUCCAAGCAUUUUUCGCUUAUACACUCCUUUGACAAUGGAGGAGAAGUGGCUUGUGCUUGCAAAACAGGGCAUGCUUAUUGAUAAGAAGGAUAUAACACACAGCGUAAGCCAUUCCUUUAUCAGUUGGGGUGCAUCAUGUCUCUUCACUAGACUUGAUGAGCUUAAGCAUGACAACUGUGCAAGUAAAAACUCUGAAAGGGACAACUUUAUGGACAAAGUAGUUUCAGAGUUCUUGAAAAAAUUAGCCACUAAUGUUGUAGGCAGCACCAAACUUAACUGCACAUGCAUAUCGGAAGCUAACAUGAGUGGUAAAUUUUACUCAAGAAACAUCACACUAGUAGGUGAAAAAGAGGAAAUGUGUGCAUUGGAUGGAGACCCAUCUAAGUUCUGGUUAAAUUUACUGGAUGGAAAAUCUCCCUCUUGGAGCUAUAUAUCUGAGCCACCACAAUCAAGCCAUAACAUCUUACAGAACAUGGAAGAACCACCCAAAGUUCCUGCUGAAGAAGAACCCAAUGAAACCAGAAGGAAGCGUAGAAAGGUUGGUGAAAUCACAGGUCCAUCUUCAAAAAGUUCACAUGACAACAAUCACCAUGAUGUGUUGCCUGAAAAUUCUACAUCGAGUCCUGCUAUUCAACCGCUGGAUGACGCACAACAAACAUUGGGGGUGGAAAAACGGAUGAGCACACCCAAGAAUCUUCACGUCCAACUUAAGAAAGAGCUGUCAAAACUAAUUACGGCCCUACAAUUGCCGGAUGAUGUAAGAGCUAUGGCUGAACAGUUGUUUGAGUAUUUUUUGAAGAAUCAUCUAGUUGUUACAGAGCCAGUGAGCAUACUGCACGCAAUCAUCAUAUCCUUGUGUUGGCAUGCUGCUUCUGUUCUUAAGUAUAACAUAAAUUGUGGAGAGUCAAUUGCCCUUGCUGGAAAAAGCUUGAACUGUGAGUGCAAUGAAGAGCUUGCAUCAUUCAUCUAUGGAAGAUUAAGGUUCCCAGAGGAAAAAAAUCCAAAUAGAGCAAUUGAAACUAGCAUCAAUGGUCAACCAGUGUCAGUAGAGGACACCCAAAUCUCAUGGGAGGAGACCUCUACCAACUUGGCUACCAACUUGAGAAUCAACCACAUGCUCCAAAAUAAGGAAAUGGAUCAUGGUAAUUUGACGAGUAGUGGACCACAAGAGGUUUCAUCUAGUGCUGAGCAUAUGAUCCCAGAGGUGCAGGAACCUGUUCAGGAAACUCAUGGAGAAUGUCAUGUGUCAAAUGAUGAGCUUCCUAAUAUGAUUGUGGAGAAAAGAACAGAGUUAGACAACAAUCUUGACAAUUUCACAAAUGGUGCACCACAAGUGAUCUCAUCUGGUGCUGAGCAGAUGAUCUCAGAGGUGCAGGAACCUAUACAAGAAAUUCACAGAGAAUCUCAUUUGCCAAAUGAUGAGCUUCCUAACAUGACUCUGGAGAAAAGAGCAGAGUUAGUUGACAACAAUCAUGACAAUUUCACAAAUGGUGCACCACAAGUGGUCUCAUCUGGUGCUGAUCACAUGAUCUCAGAGGAGCAGGAACCUGUUCAAGAAACUCACAGAGAAUGUCAUUUGUCAAAGGAUGACCUUCCUAACAUGAUCGUGGAGAAAAGAAUGGAGUUAAUUGACAAUGUUUUCUCCUUGAGAGAAAAGAAUAUCCUUUGUAAACAACAGCUUGAGAUCUCAGGUUUAGACACAUACACACAGAACAACGUUAUCAGACUGAAGGAAGUGUGCACUUUAGUUCUGAAGCAUAUUCGUAGAAGUCACAUUGAUGAAGUGACCAGGAGUGACAAAAUAAAGCUAACUGUUCAGUGGUUCACUAUGCUUAUGUAUGCAUUUUUGGACCACAUGAGUCUCCAGCAUAACAAACUCGAGGCACUGCAAUCUGAUAGGUGGCUCGUAGAGCGACAUCUGAAGGAGAAUCUCCACCAGGUAGCAAAAUCAGGCCAAUUAGAUCAAGACUUUGAUCGGCAUAUUGCUCUACCAGAUUCAAACUUUGUUAUGGAAGAAUUCAUCCAUUUUAAGGAGCAGAGUGGCGAGUAUCAUAUUGUUGAAAGUUCUGUGUCAGAUAACCAGCAGUCAUUAGAUGAUGGAUUGUUAAUGGAAAUUGCAUUAGUACGAAAUGAAGUUCUGUCAGGGGCCAUAUCUACACAGGCAAUGGAAAAUGAGCCAGCUGCAACUUCUGUGGACUCAAGUGAAGGACCAGCAUCAGAAGCUGUUGAUUUUCCAGGAAACUGCAUCCUUAGUUCUGAUGGCAUGGGUGUACAAAGAGCUGGUUGUUCAUCAAGUACUAUUCCUGCAAAUGAUGAUUCAGUUGGUCAGGAAUCUUCAAGUGGUGACUGUAGAAAUACUGGACAUGUUGAGGCAGAAAAUAUUGCUAAUCCAAGUAUGUUGCUGGAAGGAGCAGAUUCUCUUGUUAGGGGACUUAAUGCAAACAACGACACUGUUGAUACAGAUCAAGUCCACUUGGAGUCACCAGUUAGUCCAGCUACCUUACCAAUGUCUACUGAAUUUGAAACUCAGACUUGCCAAUCAAGUAUGCAUGUGGAACAAAGUGUAAGUGUACCCGCCCAACAAAGUUUAGCAACUUGCCAACCAAGUAUCUAUCAAGUAUGUCUCCUGAACAAAUCUUGCGAUUUGCAGCCUGAAGUGCAACAGUCAACCUCAAUGCAAGGUCAACCUGCAGAAAAACGAGCAUGUAUCGUGGGUCCCGAGGCAGCAAUGCAGGAUCAGCCAGCAGAGGCAGAGCGAGCAGGUACCUUGGGUGCGAUAUCAGCUCAGGUUUUGCCGCCUGAAAUGCAAUCAUCAUCAACCUCAACGAGGGGCGUUCCUUUUGUGUCUGGUCUGCAGAGUUCGUCUGUCCAUCAAAGUGUAGUACCUUCAUUGGAUCCACAUGCAGGAGUAGAGUUAUCGGGCAUGGUGACACCUCAUGCUGUACAAUCACCAGCCUCAAUGCCUGCAGAACAGAGUACGAGUCUGCCUGACGAACAAAGCUUAGCAACUUUGCAUCAUCCGCCAGCAGAAGCAGAACCAGCAGGUAUUCUGGCCACAGAGGCAGCUUGUGAUUUGCAGCCUGAAGUCCAACUGUCAACCUCAAUGCAGAAUCAACCUGCAGAUUCUCUUUUUAGGGGACUUGAUGCAAACAAUGAUGACACUGUUGAUACAGAUCAAGUCCACUUGGAGUCACCAAUUAGCCCAGCUACCUUACCAAUGUCUACUGAAUUUGAAACUCAGACUUGCCAAUCAAGUAUGCAUGUGGAACAAAGUGUAAGUGUACCUGCCCAACAAAGUUUAGCAACUUGCCAAUCAAGUAUCUAUCAAGUAUGUCUCCUGAACCAAUCUUGCGAUUUGCAGCCUGAAGUGCAACAGUCAACCUCAAUGCAAGAUCAACCUGCAGAAAAACGCGCAUGUAUCGUGGGUCCCGAGGCAGCAAUGCAGGAUCAGCCAGCAGAGGCAGAGCAAGCAGGUACCUUGGGUGCCAUAUCAGCUCAGGUUUUGCCGCCUGAAAUGCAAUCAUCAUCAACCUCAAUGCGGGGCGUUCCCUUUGUGUCUGGUCUGCAGAGUCCGUCUGCCCAUCAAAGUGUAGUACCUUCACUGGAUCCACAUGCAGGAGUAGAGUUAUCUGGCACUGUGACACCUCAUGCUAUACAACCACCAGCCUCAAUGCCUGUGGAACAGAGUACGAGUCUGCCUGCCCAACAAAGCUUAGCAACUUUGCGUCAUCCACCAGCAGAAGCAGAACCAGCAGGUAUUCUGGCCACAGAGGCAGCUUGCGAUUUGCAGCCUGAAGCCCGACUGUCAACCUCAAUGCAGGAUCAAGCUGCAGAAGAAGGAGCAUGUAUCAUGGGCGCCACUGCUGCUCGAGGUUCGCAGCCUGAAGUGCAACCAUCAACCUCAUUGGAUUCACAUGCCGGAGCAGAAUCAACAGAUACGUUGGGUGUGGUGACAGCCCCUGAUAUGCAAUCGGAAAUACAACCAUCAGCCUUGAUGCAGGACCGACCUGUGGCAGCAGAAGGAGCAUGUGUUCUAGGCACGACAGUAGCCCAGGAGUUGCAGCCUGAACUGCAAACAGCAACCACAGUUCAGCAUGACCCACUUGAAAGAACACGCUCUGAAGAAAGGAGACAAGCUGGUUUUGAACCAAACACAGCAGCCAGUCCUGAGCAUGAUCUGCAGUCUGAAAUACAGCCAUCAGCCUCAAUGCGUGAUCGACCUGCAGGAGCAGAAGGAGCAGGUAUGGUAGGCAGUACGGCAGCCCAGGAUUUGCAGCCUGAACGGCAGUUAUCAACCACAGUUCAGCAUAUCCCUAUCGGUCCUGAGCAGCCUACCCAACUGCCUCCAGUCACGCCAUUAGUGUUUAAUAAUCCAAUAUUUAGUGAUGAACCGCUGAGAAAUGAGUUGGAAAAAAUAAUUCAUUGGAGCACUUUGCUUGAUAAAGGCCAUGACGAUAAGAGAUCACAACUUCAGGCAGAGCGCAACCAAGAAAUAGAGAAGAUAAACAGGAAGUAUGACUCGUUACUUCAACAAGAAGAUUCCGCUCAUCGUCUGAAGCGGACUCAGUUGAAUGGUAUCUACCAGAAAGUUUACGUGAGCAAAUCACUAGCUGAGAAUUUCCGAUGCCAGUUCACGCCAUCAGUUGCAUCUCAUGGGAGAUCGACGGGCCAUGUAAUGGAUCAGCUACCCGAGUCUUCUUCUUCAGCGGCUCGGGGCCAUGUAAUGGAUCAGCUACCCGAGUCUUCUUCUUCUUCAGCGGCUCGGGGCCCAGCAUCGCCGCCGGUUAUCCCAUCAUCAGCCAUCAGAGCGCCGGUGCACAGUUCAGCAGGAUCCUACGUCCGCCCUUCACUGGUGGCAUCACGGACCGUCCAGUCACAGUCAGCCAUGCCUGGCAAUCUCUCUGGAGCAACAUCACCACCUUUUGUUCCAGCGCCUUCGCUACAUGCAAGCCACGGACCCGCCGGACCACAGUUGCGCCCUGUCCAGCCACAAUCAGUUCCACCCAGCAUUCUCUACAGAACAAUGCCACCUGGUAUUCCGACGCCUCGGCCACAGGGCAGCUACAGGCCCGCUGGAGCAGCAGCAGCACAGCAGCUGCGUGCGCCCUCUCCUCAUCUGCAGCACCUCAGGAUGCGCCCGCCAUAUGUCACCCCCACAGACCAGCAGCAGCAGCAGCAGCUUCCUGCCAUCCUAGGGGUUCCAGCGGGCGGGCAGUUUGUCACGGAUAGCCUAAGGCCGGCGUUUCCGCAGCCAGGCGCCGUGCUAGCCUCCAUGACUCCAGCAGCAGGCUCGGCUCACCAACCAGUGCCGCCGUCAGCGCCAGGCUCAAGCUCAGCCACCCCGACGUACUUUGUUCCACCUGGUCGGCAUACGGACCCCGUCUGGACGCCGAACCCCGCCCUCACGGUUGCCCAGCUCCAGCAGCAGGCAUCGUAUCUGAACAUGGCCUUGGGCGGCGGCAGCAGCACCUCAGCAGGUCCGGCGGCGCCAGGAAGCCAGCAGCACGCCGGCGGCGCUCAGCUGCCUGCCGUCCUCAACCAUCCAGGCUUGGAACCGUCACCGCCGCCGAACAGCAACCGGUACAUGCCGGCCAGGUUCGGCGUGGAGCCUGACAGCAGCAGCGGCGGCACCAGCAACGCAGCUGGGCCGAGCGCGGAGGUGGUGUGCCUGUCCGACGACGAAGCCUAGUCGGUGCGAUGUGUUGUAGGCCAUCGUUUGCUUCGCUUUUGUGCUGUUGUUGACUUGAGUCGUCCACUUAGAAGCCGGUAUAGAGCCUUUAGCAGCGUUAGCAGCAUCCUUGUAGCCGAGAGAUGCGCGGGCAGAGGAGCGCCCCUGUUGAUAUGGUAGCAAUUUUUGAACUAACUCGAGUAAGUUGUUUAUAGAAGUGCCGGUUGUUUCAGCGAA